AUGUUUAUACGACUCUUCCCAGCAGGACAUGUUCAUCACGUCACAUCGGGUUCUUGUGGGUAUUCGCUGAAUCCGUGGUUUGCUGUUCAGCUGCCUCCAUCCAUACUUCUAAAUCAGCUUGGCCCAAAAUGCCCACAGCGCUACCUUCUGCUCCUCAACAUCUGGACAGUGCGUGUCUACGUCAUGAAGCUUGCCAGCAUUAUUUUUUGCGAGCCCUCUUUUCAACACUGGGCAGAAUGUAAAGAAUUUCUGCAAAAGCGCUGGUAA